AUGGCUCCACUCUCACCUCUCCACUCCUUCAACUGUCCCUCCCGCUCCCCCUUUCUGGGCUCCCCUCCCUUUUUGGUUUUCCCUCCCUCUGGAUUCCUCUCUUCUCCCUCUGGGUCUCUUUCCUCCCCCUUUGGGUUCCUCUCCUCUCCCUCUGGGUUUCUCUCCUCCCCCCCUCGGUUUUUCUCCUCCCCUUCUGGGUUCCUCCCCUCAUCCUCUGGGCUCCUCUCCUCCUCCUUCCUGUUUCUUUCCUCUCCAUAUGGGUUCCUCUCCCCUUCCUCUGGGCUCCUCUCCUCUUCCUCUGGGUUUCUUUCCUCCCCCUUUGGGUUCCUCUCCUCUUCCUCUGCUCUCCUCCCCCCCUGGGGUUUUCUCCUCCCCUUCUGGGUUCCUCCCCUCUUCCUCUGGGCUCCUCUCCUCAUCCUCUGGGCUCCUCUCCUCUCCCUCUGGGUAUCUUUCCUCUCCCUAUGGGUUCCUUUCCCUUUGGGCACCCCUUACGCUGGGUUCCCUACUUCCUUUCUGCCAGACUCUCCCCAUUGUCCUCAUUAG